AUGCCGGUAUGUGUACCAUUGUGCAUGAGAACCUGUGGAAUCGGAUGUGGAUAUGGUUUUGGAAGAAGAAAACGUGCAACAGUUGUUUCCAAAAAUAUCAAUUAUCCAUUGUUAAAUUAA